AAAACGCCGGAAAAACUACUAUACGUGAUUUUUCCUCUGUAACACUAUUUUUGAGUGGAGCAAAAAAAUAACAGAAUUUCCAGAGACCCCCAAGCAGGAGGUCCCCAAACAACAGAUCUGCCAGAAUAAGAGCCCCAAGCGUCGAGGAGCCACAACUGGAAGAGCCACAACGAGGACCAGACACAAGGGACGCGGGCCCCGUCGUCGAAUUGUGUGUUGUGUCGCCCCACAGUCUUCUCUACACCAAAAGUGGCACAAAUCGGGUUAGACGUCGCUCCCAGAGCAUUAAUGGCUCAGCCCAGGUAUGACGAUGGCCUGCACGGCUACGGCAUGGACUCCGGUGCCGCGGCGGCGGCUAUGUAUGAUCCACAUGCUGGACAUCGGCCGCCCGGCCUGCAAGGCCUCCCCUCGCACCACUCACCGCACAUGACGCAUGCCGCGGCGGCUGCGGCCACAGUCGGCAUGCACGGCUACCAUUCGGGGGCCGGGGGUCAUGGUACACCUAGUCAUGUAUCACCGGUUGGUAAUCACCUAAUGGGCGCAAUACCCGAAGUACACAAACGUGAUAAGGAUGCGAUUUAUGAACAUCCGCUAUUCCCGCUAUUGGCGCUCAUAUUCGAGAAAUGCGAAUUGGCCACAUGUACGCCGAGGGAGCCCGGGGUGCAAGGUGGCGAUGUUUGUUCAUCGGAAUCGUUUAACGAGGAUAUUGCAAUGUUCAGUAAACAGAUAAGAUCACAGAAACCCUACUAUACCGCAGAUCCCGAAGUCGAUUCACUGAUGGUGCAAGCAAUACAAGUACUUCGGUUUCACCUUUUAGAAUUAGAAAAAGUACACGAACUGUGCGACAACUUCUGUCACCGCUAUAUAUCGUGUUUAAAGGGUAAAAUGCCAAUAGAUUUAGUGAUCGACGAACGGGACACCACCAAACCACCAGAACUCGGUUCGGCAAAUGGUGAGGGACGGAGUAACGCCGACUCCACAUCGCACACCGAUGGAGCUAGUACACCAGACGUUCGGCCGCCAAGCUCAUCGCUGUCCUAUGGCGGAGCAAUGAACGACGACGCCCGAUCGCCGGGCGCUGGUAGUACACCGGGUCCCUUGUCACAGCAGCCACCUGUCCUAGAUACAUCAGACCCUGAUGGUAAGUUCUUAUCAUCACUCAAUCCUUCAGAACUAACAUAUGAUGGACGAUGGUGUCGAAGAGAAUGGUCCUCACCUGCCGAUGCUCGCAACGCAGACGCCUCCAGGCGACUGUAUUCCUCAGUCUUCCUUGGUAGUCCUGACAACUUUGGAACGAGUGCAAGCGGUGAUGCCAGCAACGCCAGCAUAGGAAGUGGCGAGGGCACCGGCGAGGAGGACGACGACUCGAGCGGCAAAAAGAACCAAAAGAAACGUGGCAUUUUCCCAAAAGUAGCAACCAACAUAUUGAGAGCGUGGCUGUUUCAGCAUUUAACGCAUCCCUACCCCUCGGAGGACCAGAAGAAACAAUUGGCCCAGGAUACAGGCCUAACGAUACUGCAAGUGAAUAAUUGGUUCAUCAAUGCGCGGCGAAGAAUUGUCCAGCCGAUGAUCGAUCAAUCCAAUCGUGCAGUCUAUACACCGCAUCCAGGUCCCUCCGGCUACGGGCACGACGCCAUGGGCUACAUGAUGGACAGCCAGGCGCAUAUGAUGCAUCGUCCGCCCGGCGAUCCCGGCUUCCAUCAGGGCUAUCCGCACUACCCGCCUGCCGAAUACUACGGCCAGCACUUGUAAUGCAGCGGCCAGCCGACAGGGGCGGUCGGACAGGCAGCGGUCGGACAGGCGGCUGAGCCAAUCGCUGGAUUCGAGCAGCUGGCCGACAGCGAACAAGCCAAAAUCAUAGCUUAAAUUUACUACUACCCAGCGGAACGGAGCGCGGAUCAUCAUCAGCAGGAGCAGGAGCAGGAGCAGCAGCAACAGGACACAUGGAGAGGACCCCGGAAUGGAACUGGAUCAUUCCGAUCCCAUCCAAAAACCAAGUGGCAAUAUCAGUCAAGUUAUAGGAAAAGCAACAAAAUACAAAAAAGCAAAGAACAAGUGUAGUAAAAUCUUAAAAAAUGAUAUUCGCUAAGCAGAAAACAGAAGCAGAAACAGAAGCAACACCAGAAGCAACAUCAGUAGCAACAUCGGAGAAGCAACACCGGAAACCACAAUUUUAAAGAAAUGAAACUAUUUGUGUGUAUACCUUAAAAAACAAAUACAAAAACAAAAAACAUAAAUAACGCAGCAGAAAAGCGAAAAAUACGAAGAUAUUUAUGCAUAAACAAAAUGGAACGCUUAGCUAUAAGUUCAAUAAAACAAAAUGAAAGCCAGAACCCACACAGAUACAGAUACAAAUACACACAAACACAAACACAGCCACAACAAUUUGAAAUGCAAAUUUUUUUGGUUGAAAAAUGCAGAUGAAACAUUUUUAUUAAAGCAUGAAUUUAGGCGCAAACUGAAACACAGCACACCAGAAAUUAAAGCGAUUUUGUUGUUUCAUUUGAAAUUGAGUAGAUUUUAGUUUGUUUAGUGCCCCGAACAGGCACCAGAACCAGAACCAGCAGCACACAAAAAGCAGGAGAAAUUUUGAUCAAUUUUUGAAUAUAAAUCAUUUGAAUGAGCAUAUAAUUUGUGGAAUAUGAGGAGAGAUUGAGAUCGAGAGUGGAGAGGAGAGGAGAAUUCUUUGCUAGUUUUUAGUUACUUUUUAGUUAUGUAACGAGUCAGUUGUCAGUUAUAUAGCCCCCCCUUUAUGCAUAUGUAUAUGUACAUACAAAAAACAAACCGAUAACUAACUAUACAUAUGAGUACAUAUAGAUACGAUACACCUAGAACCCUAUCUAUAGGCGAUCCUACCUUUAGACGAUUAAUUUUAAAUAAAUUGAAUUGUUUUCUAAUUUUACGCCUUGCAACACUUAAGUAAAAAACGAAAUGGAAUUUAAUUUUUACAAAAAAACAAAAAACAAGAAACAAAAAUGAAAGAAACCUUUGAUUUGAAUGGAAUUUGUUUUGAGACCUUUUUUCAUUGUGUGUGGAUUUUGUAGUAUUAUUUUCCAACUGAAGCACAUGGACCGAUUCGAAAAAUAUAUACUAUAUAUAUGUAUGGAUUUAACGACUAAAUGGCAUAGGCAUAUACAUA